AUGAGGACUUCAGUUGUGGUUCAUGCCACGGCCGCUGUGGAGAAGUCCAUCCACGAUUACACCGUCAAGGUCGGAUGGGAUCUUGUCGGCUCUGUUUUUUGCUUUCUCUCCCUCUCCUUGUCUUCAUAUACGCAUACGCAUUUUUUUUCUGCUGAUGAACGAGCUAUUUUGAUCAGGACAUCGACGGGAAGGAUGUGUCUCUUAGCAAAUUCAAGGGAAAAGUUCUAUUGGUCGUCAAUGUUGCUUCAAGAUGGUAAUACUUUGGUGCUUCCUGUUAUUAGUUAGCAGUGAGCUUUAAUCAUACUUAGAAAUCUUCUGUGUGUAUGGACUGUAUUCUCAUAGAAGCAAGUGUUUUUUUUCUCAAUGUCAGUGGCUUAACAACAUCCAAUUACAUGGAGCUUUCCCACAUCUACGAGAAGUACAAGACUCAAGGUAACAAACUCACUUUCAUUUUUUAUGAAAAUGAUGGGAAUUAAUUGACUAGUAGCGACACAUGCGACCAAACUUUAGGCUCGGAAGCUCAGCAAGGAUAUCAAUGGACAGGGUAUUAUUUUCAGGCUGUACUUGACCCUAACCAAACUACAGCCUAUAUACAUGUUGUCCAACUUAGUUGAAUUUGCGUUGUUUCUGUCGAUCCUAGUUCUAACCAUCAGAUUAGGGCCCCAAUCCAAGUCUAGCACUAACCAAGGUUGAACUCUAGGCUGUAAAUCCUUGCCUCAAAUGAUAAUCAACUGCCUGUAAUGGAAGUUGGGAUAGGUCAGGCCCUGUUUAAGUUGGGAAAUUUACACUGGGAUGCAGGACUAGCACACCCACAGAUUUAAUCCGAGGCAUGUUUUCAUUACAAACAUACGUAUACAUAUCAAUUAUAUCCAAAUGGGGAUUUGAGUCAAGCUAUACCAACCAAUUAGCGUUAAUCAUCCUGUUGCGAUCUAAACAAAACCUGGGCCAAAUGGUCAAUUUUGCAAAGUCAGAAUCACAGAAAUUUUCGCAUGAACAUCCUACAUGACAAAUGGGCUUCUAUUCUGUUGAAUGGGAUUUGUGGUAUUCCUUAAACAAGACUGAAACGUAUUAUGUUUUCGACCGAGGCAUUACCGACGUCAAAGGGAUUAUAUGCUUCUUAGGCAAGAUCUUCUUUUAAUUUUUUAAAUCCUGAAUAUUUAGAUAGAUGAACCAGACAUAAGAGCCUUGCCAAGCUAAGGUAUUCUAGUAAAUGUGCCCAUUAAACAUAUGGGCAGAGUGGAGAGCUAAGUCAAAUGUAAAAAUAUCCUUGAACCAGGAUGAGAUGUGUCCCUAGCUUUUCUUACUAAAAGAUAGACAAACAAAGCCCAUGGCUUUCUUACAUCUAUUAAAUCUGACGAAUUUUUUUUAUCUGAUUUUUGAGUAGAGAAGAGUUAUCUUCUCAAAUUAUAGAUGGUUUAUAAAGUGUCUUCUUCAAGAUUAUGAACGUUGAAGUGUAACGAGUUGCAAUGGAAAGGAUUAUUUACUUGAUUUAAAUGCAGGAUUUGAGAUUCUGGCAUUCCCUUGCAACCAGUUUGGGUUUCAGGAACCCGGGUCAAAUCAAGAGAUAAAACAGUUUGCUUGCACCAGGUUCAAAGCGGAAUUCCCUAUUUUCGACAAGGUAACCCUACCCUCCGAACAUUUUGAGAAGCAUGCACCGUCUAAUCUCAGACACUAUACCAUCCGUACAUUUAUAUUCACGUGCCAACAACCUUAUCAAUGCGCCGCUGUACUUCAGGUUGAUGUCAACGGGCCAUUCACAGCACCAGUCUACCAGUUUCUGAAGUCCAGUGCCGGUGGGUUCUUGGGUGAUCUCAUAAAGUGGAACUUUGAGAAAUUCUUGGUCAACAAAAAUGGCAAGGUUGUGGAGAGAUACCCGCCGACGACAUCACCUUUCCAGAUUGAGGUAGCCAUGCUCGACCCUGGCCAGGAAAUCAUUCCAAAAAGCUAUGUUCCUUAUAAUUUUUUAUUUUUCUGGCUCAAAACCAAGCAGAAAGCAUCAUCCCAGGCCCUCAAAUGAUCGCAAUCAGAAAAGAUGGAACCUACAGGCACAUCUGAGUACCUUAGAGGGUCUGAAAUCCGAGAUGAAAUUGGGUGUUAGCUAUCUCUUCAAGGAUCCCAUACGGGUAUCAUUAGUACGAAGGGGUCUGGGAUCAUCAGGAUCCGAACAAUCCAUGCGUCUCUUAACCUUCAAUCUUUGGGUAUUACACACACAUAAGACCACAAGACUGUGGAUAAAUAAAUAUACUGGCUCUGACUUUGGAUUGAAAUUCAUAUGAAUAUUGAAAUGGGAUCCCCACCAAUGAUAUGAAAUGCAUGAAGGGCAUCAUUUAAAUAUGAAAUUGCUCAACUUUGUAUGGAGCGGAGGGCCUUUCUCUUUCUUCAUCCAUCAUCUUGGCUGUGCUUCUAUUUUUCCAUUUUGGUGGAGCAUUCUAGUUUCUGACUCUCUGUUUCUUGCAGAAGGACAUCCGGAAGCUGAUUGCAGUGUGA